CCCGGUGGAAACAGGAAGUCAAUGCUUUAGAGGAAACCAGCGUAAGCUGUCUUUUGUUUUGUUUUCUGUUUGUUUUUCUGUAACUAAAACAAUAUAUUUUUAUUUAUUGUUGUUGUAAAGAUUGGGUUCUAGGUUGGCGUUUAUAUGUUUUUUUUUUGUAUUCGUUUUAAUCCUGUCAUAAGAAUUUAUUAUAUUUGACGUUUACUGCGAAUUAGCUAAUCGGGCUAACAGUACAGCUAACAGGCCUGAAGGCCAUCUGUCUUUUGUUUCCUCGUCAGCCAGAUCCUGUUUUUUUAUCGAGCAGCUGGUUCUCGUACGGAAGUAUUGUAUAUCUUUCAUCUAACAAGUCGCCUGGACCGCUAUCAUCCUUUAACACUACAAGUAAAAUCAGCUGUACCGACUGACAGCUGUGUCAGGCGGCUAAUCCCAGUUAUAAACCUUAAGGAAAAGGACAGACAAGGGAACCAACACUUCCUACAAAAACAGAGAUUUGGUAAUCAUGUAUGCUCCGCCGGGCUCUACCGUACCUGGUGGCCGGAGAAGAAGAACUGCCACCUCCCUGCCCAAGCAGCCGGAGCGCAGCCUGGUGUCAGCGCUGCCCGGAGCUUUGUCCAUCACAGCGCUGUGUACGGCUCUGGCUGAGCCGGCCUGGGUGCGUGUUCAUGGGGGCGCCUGUCCCAGGCAGGAGCUGGGGGUUGCGGAUGUCUUGGGUUACAUUGAUCCAAAGCUUCUAGAUGAUUACUGUGUGAACCCGCAGACCAUCCUGCUGUUGAGGGUCAUAGCUGCCUUUUGUUUCCUGGGCAUCCUAUGCAGUCUAACUGCUUUUCUGUUAGAUGUGUUUGGACCGAAACACCCUGCCCUAAAGAUCACUCGUAGAUAUGCAUUUGCCCAUAUACUCACAGUGUUGCAGUGUGCCACAGUCAUAGGCUUUUGCUACUGGGCCUCAGAGCUGAUCUUGUCCCUUCAGCAGCAGCACAAGAAGUACCACGGUUCACUUAUAUAUGUCACUUUUGCUAUCAGCUUCUACCUGGUGGCAGGUGCGGGUGGAGCAUCCAUCCUCGCCACAGCUGCAAACCUUCUUCGCCACUACCCCACUGAAGAGGAAGAGCAGGCCUUAGAGCUGCUCUCUGAGAUGGAGGAUAGCAGUGAGAAUUUCCCUGCUGAUUAUGACAUUGCUAAUCAGUUUCAACCACCACCUGCCUACACACCCUAAUCCAACCAGACUUGCCUUUGCAUACACAUUUCUCUCUCAGCUCAGCUUUUUGCUCGAUGUGCAAAACCACACUCUUUAAGCAAACGGAUACUGCUGCAGAUUUUCUUGGCAUUAAACACAGCGUGUGCACAUUAGUGCACAGCUUCCUUGAAUAACAGUGCUUGGGUGCAUGGAAUCUUUCUUUAGUGGUGACAGCAGUUUAGGAGAUAUUUCUUACUUUCCCCACUGAAGUGGUUAGUGAUUUGCAUGUAAAUGGCUUUUAGGAUCUGGUCCUUACAUGUAAAGAUAAAUUAACUGCAGAGAGUAUUAAACUGCUCAUAAGAAGAAAUUGGGGGGUAGCCACAGCCUGAUCAGUGCUUUUGUUGAAACAAACUUUCAGCACGUUGUCAGUGGUUGCAGUUACAGGGCUAUGAUGGGGCUUUGUUAAAACAACACAGCAUUUUAAUUUGAUACAUCAUAAAUGCUGAUGUACACGUACACUGACAAGAUUGUUUUAAAUGUUUAUUUUAUAUAAAAAAGCAAAUGGACCUUAUUUAUUGUGUGUGCUGUCUUCUAUCUUUUGCUUUGCAGACAUUAGUCACUAACAUAGUCUUCUCUGUUCACCUCUGUAUUAGAAACAAUAAGGACAUUUCCAAAAAUGUGAGGUGGGCCUUUGGCGUUUUUAAAAAAUGUCUUUGGCUGUGUUGUGAGUCAGGUGAAGAGAGAGGGUGUUCCGCUACAGCAACAAACCUCACAUCCUAAGUUGGUUGUGUUAUGUUUAUUGUAUUUUAUUAAAAAUAAACCUUGUUUGUACCUUGUGAAUACCAUACAUGACAAGUUCAGUAAAUGUCUUCUGUUUACGGGUUGUGGUGGAUGCACAUUUGAAAAUAAUCAGCUAGAAUCUCAUCACAAGGUUCUUCCUGAGGCUUAAACGUGUGGCUGGUGUGAUGAUUGUAGUUGAUUGCACUUUGUUUUAUCAUUUUCUACAUUUUGUUCCUCACUGUGCUCUCCUCACUGAUGUGUAAAUAGCAAUUGUUUCUACAUAAAGUGGCCAUAAUAAAAUAAAUGCCAUAUUUUG